AUGGCUGCCACGUAUUUUAGAGCUGUGUUAAAUAUUUUUAUUUUUCUGUUAUUUUUUGAAAGGUUACGAGUUUUAAAUGUUGUAAUACAUUCUCCUAGUGUUGAUGAAGUGUCUACAGUUUAUUUACGUUCCGAUAAGCGAUUUGAGCUCGAAUUUGUGAGUACUUGUCUGAAACCGUCAAGGUUGAAUCUAGCAAGGUUAUUGGGAUUUAAUCGGACGUCGACUCCGAUUACACGUUGGACUAAACAUGGUCAAACAGCUUUAGCAAUCCCUGGUCAUGAUCCUCCGAUCGAGAUUACUAUUUUUAUGGACAUUUCAAUCAAUCCUGACCCAAUUCUUCACAAAAUUCCGGUUAGAACAACUGUAAACAGGCGGUUUCGAAAUCAGCGUAGGCGUAGCUUCUUCAACAACAGUAUUCAAAUUAGAUCUCGAAAUAUGAAUAAUCUUAUAAGAAUUCCAACAUAUAAAAACAUUCCUUUUCAUACGACUGGUGAAAUUGGGUCCUUGAAAUUUUCCACACUUAAUGCAAGAUCAAUACGGAAUAAGACUUUGAUUAUCAAAGACUUUGUUGUUGACUAUGAUGUUGAUAUUGCGGCUAUAACUGAAACUUGGCUUCGUGAAAAUGGUGAUGAUCUAAUUAUCCGUGAAGUAUGUCCUACUGGUUAUAAACUUGUGCAUAAACCGAGAAUCUCAUGCACCGGUGGGGGUGCAGGUUUUCUAUAA